CACAUAGUUUCAAACAGGGGCAGCCUGAAAAUUUUGUUAAGCGUUAUCUUGAUUUCAGAACCAACCUUGGUAUACUACUGUCGAUGGAAACUGGUUCACCAAACUGGCACCGCAUCGUGCAAACUUUGGUUUGAUUGACCAGGUGGCUGCACUGGUGUGGAUCCAAGAGAACAUAGCCGAGUUUGGGGGAGAUCCAAAGCAAGUCACAUUGAUGGGUCACAGUACAGGGGCGGCUUGUGCUUCUUUGCUCAUGUUAUCUGACAUGGCGACUGGGGAUGGCACCAAAGACAGGCUUUUCCAUCGUGCGAUUCUGAUGUCAGGCACAUCCUUAGCCGAUUGGGCGAUGGCUUCGAACCCGGACGAGACGACCCAGAAAGUGCUGCGUGAACUAGGCUGCAACUCAUCCCAUUAUGAUCAGGAAGCAUGUCUACGCGGAAUCAGCUUGAACGAAGUCAUGCGAGUAGCCAGUUCGCUUGCCGGCUCCUUCGGACCUGUUGUCGACACUGUUGUGGUCACAAGCGAUCCGAAGGAGGCGAUGAAGAAGAAAGGAGAUAUUUUCAAAAAGUUUGAGCUGAUCUAUGGUGUCACUGAAAUGGACAGUAUACAUGCUCUUGGUCCAGUAUCCCUCAUCCAUGGUAUGCUGAAAAAGGAUAGAAACCAAGAAUUGAGAAAGUACAUCCAGACUAGAUGCGAAGUUCUGCCAGAGUCGUGCUUACGUACUACCCUCCAAGAAUACGGGUUCUAUGAGAAAGACAAAGACUUGGAAGAUUUUUCUGCCUCAUACCACGAACCACUGAGAGUACGAGAUGGUCUCUUGGACAUAUUGUCAGAUGCAUGGUACGUAGCCCCGAUAGUCCAGACUGGGAAGUACCACGCAAUGUUCAACAUCCAGUCGUACUUCUACGUGUACAAGUACAAGACGAUAGCUAAGGAUUACAUUAGGGGCAAGAGUCACAACGGCGAAGAACUGCCGUAUGUGUUCGGCGUGCCGCUGGGCGGACUGCACUUCCACAACAAUUACACCGACCAGGAGAGGCUCUUCUCCGAGAUCGUCAUGACCUACUUCUGCAAUUUCGCCAACACCGGGAAUCCCAAUCUUCCAAGGAAGAACAAGUUCAAGAACAUGAGUCCAGCAUACUGGUACCAAUUCGACGUGGAUUGGAAGGAGUUUGACCCACCAGAGGAAUGGUACCUGGAACUAGAUAUACCUCCACGCUCAAACCAACACUACAGAAGUAAAGAAGUCAAGUUCUGGACGACCGUCUUUCCCAAACUUGAAGACAACCACUCCUACAUGUCCCACCACAAAAACUUCCUAGAGGUCCAUGCGACCAGAAGGCCAUUUUAUAUACCCCCACCUCCUCCAGCCCAUAAGAAGAAUCCGUUGCCAUGGGAAAACUACCGUAGCAGUACCAGAAGACCCAUAGAGAUGCUGGGUAUCUACAGUGGUACAUCCAUUCCUCCCAGAAGAAGUGAAGUGUAUGGGACUAUAGAGGAUAUGGGACCUGAAAGACCUGAGAAUAUAGUGAAGACUGCUUAUGGAACUGUAUUAGAAGCUCCUCCUCAGGAAGUCAAGCAAGGAAGUAGUGCCAAUAUAAUAGCCAUAGUUGGGAGUAUAUUUCUUUUGUUGAACGUUGUUGUUCUGUUUGUUAUUUUAUAUUUCAAGUGUUACAAGAAGAAGAAGGGUACAGAGGUAAAGGCAGAUGAGGCAACUGAAACUACUGAAGGCGACAAGUUGCAAAGGGAAGAAGAAGCUUUCUUGUUGAAUGGAUGUAACAUCGUCAAGAUGAUGAGCAAGGCGUCCAAAAGUGAUGAUACUUAUGGCGCUGUUAAGCUAGAAACCAAACAAGAGCUCACUAGGCAAAUGUCAGCUAGUACCAUAGACGCACAUACAAAAGUAAGGGAUUGGAUCACCCAAGAAAUUAUUCAAAAGUACAGUCCAAAGUUCUGUAGAAGAGGUAAUAAUGCUAAAAAUAAAAUGAAUCUACCUCCAGAAGCAUUUUGCCUGCCAUUGGAUGCUGAAAACAAUUCCACACUGGGUAGAAGUCCAACAAGGCCUGUAAGCCCAGAAAGCUUGUGUAAAAGACAAGUAAUUGAAAUGAAGACUUCUACCAUCACGAGGCCGAAAAUCAAAGCUCCAAAAGUAUCAGUGGCUGUGGAUGCCACACCAGCUGCUAGAGGUCCAAGCGUUCUAGCGCAGCAGCCGAUAGAGCUCACCAAGUCUUUAGACUAUCCACACUUGAAGCCUGAAAUUGAGAUACCACUAAGAAGGUCAUUCACCUUGGAAGACUUUUCUUCGAAAAAAAUUGAUAUUAGAAAGGAACUACGCAAAAGCUCAACAAGUAUCGAUCUGGUGAACUAUCCCGAAACCGAGCCUACUGUGAUAAAAAUAGAGCAUCAUCACCACCAUUCAAGGUCAGAACCAGUUGAGGAUCUUGACUAUACGUUGAUGAGAAGAAUGAAAACCUUUGACCCAAGUUACGUGAAUGUGACUUCAAAAGAUGACGAUGAACCUACACCAACACCAUUGACACCUGCAGAGUCCCUAAUGACAAUAAAGAGAAGGAACUAUCCUAAGGUACUGCCUGAUUACCCAGGGAGGGAGUCAGUGCUCAACAAGAGGAGGUCUAUGCCUGCGCAUGGAUUGUUCCUGCCCAUCCCCGAGUCGUGUUCUUUUUCACAGCCCAAUUCUCCAACUUGCAGAGGUUGUACCAAGAUUCCUCCAGUGCCCCCUCCCAGAGUAUCGACACUUCCAAGGCAAACUGAGUCUCUACCGGAGUCCCUUCCUUUGCCGAGUUUCAUCUCAGAACCCACAUUGGCGGAAGAGCCUAACGAAGAACCUGAAAUAGUAUGCAACAACUUGUUCAUAGGUCCACUCAUACCUAAGAGUAGCAACAGUAGUAGGGAUGAGUUGGUAAACAGUAAAGGCGACCUCAAGAAUGAACCUGUCUACGAAAGCCUAAGGCCUAAGCCUGUCACGACUCCUACAAGUGCACAUGUAAGGCGGGAUCCAAGAGUGAUUGUGAAACCAAGCAUUAGCAAAAAGCCUAGUGAAGAUAAAGGGAAGCACAUACCAAGGGUUGUGGUACCGGAUAACCAACCUUACUUGCAACAUCACCUUAGAGAAGACAGUGGUAAGGAUAAAGAUCAUAAUAGGAAGAAGAGUCAUAUACCGAUGCUUGUGAAAUCAGUGAGUGCUAAUUUGAGCAAGGACUCAUCUAGUUCUGAGUCACCGCCUUCAUCAGAGGAGUCGGAUACGGGAACUAUCAUCAAAAAGGCUUCCCAAAGGACUUGGUAUGCGCAGCAUCAAUACGGAGAAACACCUCUCAUUUCAGAUAGGUGCUACUCAAUAGGCUUCUAUCUACAAGAUUUCACUUUACUUCAUGCUGCUGUAGAUGCACCAUUUACAUACAGGGAUGAAAGCGGCUUGAAGCAGCAUGAGAGGAUACGUUGCUAUGUUUUGGGCAACAAAGCAAAGUACUACCUUGUACAUAACAAGAAAGAAAUCACAUUUAGCGUGAUCGUCCUGAACCACAAGGCUAUUGCAUUCUACGUGUGCCAAGGAGGAAAAGGGACUGUACUGAUAUUUACCACGCAAAAGGAGCGAGAUGAGAAACUGAUAGCUGAAACAACCGAGGAGGCUAGAAAAUAUGUCGCGAUACCGACAUACUCGAAAAAUAUGGAGUGUAAUUCAACAGACUUGUAGUGCCUGGC